AUGUCAGCAUCGAACACAUCGACAUUUAUAUUUAUUGCACAGCAAGUGAGCAUUUACUUCGGCAUACCUAUGCUCAUUGCAGGUGUACUUGGUGGAAUUUUCAAUACAAUUGUAUUUCUUAGUCUUCGAACAUUUCGACAAAAUUCAUGUGCUUUUUAUUUAACAAUCAUGUCAAUUGUUAAUAUUGGUCUUUUGAUUGCUGGUCUCUUCUCUCGUAUUAUGAUUAGUGGAUUUAAUAUAGAUUGGGGACAAAGUUCACUCUUUUACUGUAAAUUCCGAUUAUUCCUUCUCAAUACAUUUACAUUGAUCUCAUUAAUAUGCAUUAGUUUGGCAACAAUUGAUCAAUACUUUGGUACAUGUUCUUAUCCUCGAUGGCAACGAUGGUGCAAUUUCAAAUUUGCUUAUCGUCUGGUCACAGUAUUUGUUCUUAUUGCAAUUGUACAUAAUAUUCAGUACUGUUUAUUUUAUAAUCAAAUUCAAUCACCUAUUACAGGCAAAAUUUCUUGUAAAAUUACAAAUGAAAUCUUUGCACAAUAUGUUAGCUAUUGGUUUAAUAUCGUUUUCAUUGGAUUCUUACCAAUCAUUAUUACAACACUUUUUGGUUCUUUAGCAUAUUAUAAUAUACAACAACUAAGAUUUCGAACAUUGCCACUUUUUCGUCGAGAAUUAGAUAAACAAUUGACAAUAAUGGUUCUUGUACAAACUGCUACGAGUUUCUUUACUCUUACACCAUUUAACAUAUUGAGUGCUCUUUCAUUAAAUACAAGUAUUAUGAAUGAUCCAAUUCUUGCAGAGAAAAUCCAAGGUUUGCUUACUAUAGGUAUUUUUCUUUAUUAUCUGACCUUUGCAGUAAGUAUAAAUUAA